UGCUGUGCGUGAUCCUUUCUCGCGUUGGCCUUCAUUUCCGGGAUUUUGCAGAUAUCGCCAGCAAAUACCCCGCCGGCAGUACAAUCAUCAACUCGAUGUUGAGCAUUGACCAAACCUCAAUCGAAGACCUCGUACGGACCGGUGAUAUUGACGCACAUUUGCUGUGUAUUCAGUGGUACCAUCCGUUCCUGCCGUCAAUGUCUUCUGUCCCUGCCGUGCCUACAAAAUGCGUUCCAUUCCUGGUGUUUCCCAACCUGGCCAUGCGGUUUCCAAAGUUGCAUAAAUAUUGGGACAACACGCUGUCUAGCUGGCUCUCAGGCGUGCCCGCUGACCCUUCACUGUUCAGUAGCCUCGCUGUCCAUCGUCGCUUGCUGAACCUCAACCCGGCCAGUUCAAGCCCGAUAUGCUCGCUUUCGCCACCUUUGCCCUCUCACUCAUCGGCACUGCCUUUGCCCAGGCUGCCACCAGCCUCGCUGAUAUCGAGCAUGUCGUGUUCUUUAUGCAAGAGAACCGCGCCUUCGACCACUAUUUCGGCACCCUCUAUGGUGUCCGGGGCUUCCAAGACCCCAACGCCCAGAUCAACGCUGAUGGCAAGUCGGUCUUUUACCAGAAGGUCAAUUCCUCGCUCUCCAAUGCCACCGAUUACCUCUUGCCUUGGUACAUUAACUACCAGGGGGGUGACUAUCUCAACGGUACUCAGUGUAUGGAUGGUGGAUCGAAUAGCUUCGAAAACAACCAUGCCGCUUAUGCCAACGGGACCAAUGACAUGUGGGCUUUGGAUAACAACCCUGCUUCGAUUGCAUAUUUCAAGCGUCAGGAUCUCCCCAUUCAUUAUGCCAUUGCUGAUGCCUGGACAAUUGGCGACAUGUAUCAGGAGGCCCAAAUGGCGUCCACCUGGCCCAACCGUGUUCAUUGGAUCACCGGAACUGUCAACAUUCCGGGGGGUCCGACGAAUUCUACUCAGGGUCCUGUACUCGACAAUAAUGAUACUCCGGGGUCCUGCUCUCAUUUGACGUUCACGAACUUCAUCACUGACAAAACAUACGAAACAACGACCAAUGUCUCAUGCUUUCCCUAUGAUUGGGUGACCGUACCAGAGAUACUGCAAGACUUGGGCGUUUCUUGGUUUGUCUAUCAGGCUGAUGACAACUUUGGUUGCAAUGAGCUUGCCGCAUUCAAGACGUUCAUCGAAGGUGCUGCCUCGCCAUUGAAUGACACUGACAACCCCCUUAUUGUCAAUGGCAUGACAUACUCUUGGUCCGACAAUAACGACUGGCAGGGCGGUUUCACCAGGUUCAAGAACGAUGCUAUGUCCGGCAACCUCCCUCAGGUGUCUUGGGUCAUCCCCACGACUGAGCUCUCUGAGCAUCCUCCUUACACCCCUCGCCAGGGUGCUUGGCUCCAGCAAGAGAUCAUCAACGCCAUUCAGAAGUCACCCAUCUACAACAAGACUGUCCUAUUCAUCUCGUACGAUGAGACCGGUGGUUGGGCCGACCAUGUUCUUCCCUUCCAUUCUCCUGCUGGCACCCCUGGCGAGUGGAUCACGGACCCUCUGGCGGGCUUGUCCACCUUCGCCGGCCCUGGUUUCCGUCUUCCCUUCUAUGCUAUCUCUCCCUACUCUCGUGGUGGAAAUGUGUUCACUGAGGUGUCUGACCACACCUCCCAGCUCCUCUUCCUUGAGAAGUGGGCAGCUGCUCGCGGCACUCCUUUCACAACCGAGGCUAUCUCGUCCUGGCGUCGCACCCACAUGUCUGACCUUACCGGCAUGUUCGACUUCACGACGUUCAACAGUACCCCCGUCGUCCUUCCCCAGGGCGAGUUGCCUUUCACCGACGGCCUCACCGGUCUCCUGGCUGGCGCGGAAUACUGCCAAGCCAAGUACGAGGGCAACGUGAAUGCCCAUGUACCCUACGGACUCCAGUCGGAAACCGAGGCACUUGCUGUCGAAUCCGGCUUCCGUUCUGUCCGUGGUAGUGUCACCGAGGGUCGCUAUCUCGUCUUCGAGUCCGCUGGGGUCGCCCUCGCUGCCGCAGAUGGGCUUGGCGUCGCCGCGCCGCUUGCGCAGAAGGAGACGGACGCGACGCAGCGGUUUGUGAUCCACGCAUCCAACCCGCUUGAUGCCGACGCCACUGUGUUCUCAAUUUCGAGCAACGGCAACUACAUCAACGCACAGCUCGAGCUCGACUCGGCCGCCAACGCAGCAGUGUGGAACAUCACGUUCAGCGCGUCGACGAUGUCGUACAACAUCCAGGACACAAACAGCGGCCAGUAUCUGUCACUGACAUCGGCGAAGCCUGUGCUCGGAAGCACGGCUGCCCCCUUCAAGAUCUACUCUGUUACAUUCUGAGGAGUGAGUAUUUAUCAGGAAAAUAGAACUUUUGCUAUUCAACUGUAACGGUAGAAUAGAGUGAUGAAUUUGUUGUUGUU